AUGCGUGAUGCACUUCAUGCUCUCGAAUCAAAUUCCACUUGGUCCCUUGUUGCUCUCCUUGCCAACAAAUGCCUCAUUGGUUGUAAAUGGGUAUACAAAGUCAAACGGAAUUUGGAUGGUACUAUCGAGCGAUUUAAAGCUCGCAUUGUUGCUAAAGAUUACACGCAACUAGAAGGUGUUGAUUACAAAAAGACUUUCUCUCCCUUUGCAAAAUUGGUCACUGUUCGAGUUCUCCUUACUAUUGCGGCCUCCAAGAAUUGGCCUCUUCAUCAAUUAGACGUCAACAAUGCCUUUUUGCAUCGUGGCUUACAUGAAGACCAUGCUUCUAGGCAAUGGUUUGCCAAAUUUUCACAAGCCAUUCUUGACGCUGGUUACAUUCAAUCCAAAGCCGACUACUCUUUGCUUUAUAAACAUAAAGGUAUCACCUCAGUGUUUAUACUAGUGUAUGUCGAUGAUGUAAUUAUCACAGGUUCAGAUGCAAAUGAGAUUUCCACGCUUAAGAACUUCCUACGUCAGCGAUUCAAGCUAAAAGAUUCGGGCAAUCUCAAAUAUUUCCUUGGAAUUGAGGUGUCAAGAUCACGACGAGGCAUUUGUUUGAACCAACAACAAUAUGCUUUGGAUAUUAUCAAAGACGAAGGUUUAUUGGGAGCUAAACCUGCACCUUUUCCCAUGGAAGAAAAUCUAAAGCUCAACAAUACUGAUGGCAAUCUACUCAAUAAUCCAGCCUCAUACCGCCGCUUGAUUGGAAGACUUAUUUAUCUAACUGUUACAAGACCAUAUAUUCUUUUUUCAGUUAAUAUCCUCAGGCAAUUCAUGCACCAACCACGCCAACCACAUAUGAAAGCUGCCAUACGUUUAGUUCAUUACUUAAAGGGAUCACCUGGUCAAUGUAUUCUAUUAUCCUCUCAUAAUGAAUUAAAAUUGCAAGCUUUCUAUGACUCAGAUUGGGCAAGUUGCCCCAUGACAAGAAGAUCAACUACAGGUUAUUGUGUGUUUCUCGGAACAAGUCCAAUUUCAUGGAAAACCAGAAAACAGCCCACUAUAUCUAAGUCCUCAUCAGAAGCCGAGUAUAGGGCAAUGACAUUAGCUACAUGUGAACUACAAUGGCUAUGGUAUCUUUUACAAGAUCUUGGUGUAUCACAUUCCUUUCCUAGUAUACUUUAUUGCGACGACAAGGAUGCCAUAUAUAUAGCAGCAAAUCCGGUCUAUCAUGAGCGAACCAAACACAUUGAAAUUGAUUGCCAUGUUGUUCGUGAAAGAAUUCAAGAUGGAACAUUAUGUACGGCAUUUUUUCCUUCUAAAGAUCAAAUAGGAUAUAUCUUUACAAAAGCAUUAGGCAAGGAAACUUUCCUACGAUUGAAAAGCAAGUUGAAUCUUUUAGACAUACACGCUCCAACUUAA